CGAUUCCCCUGAUUGUUGCUCACAGUAGCUCCAUUUCUUCGCGUUGCUAUGACAAUAAGCGAAGGAGAAACAAUUCUCCAAGUCGCAAUAGAUAUUGGCUUAACAUAGGUUCAAUGUGCACUCCACAGCCGGCUUCUAUCGCAAUGGAAUUGAUAAGAAAUCAAAUGUGCUCAUUCACACACACUAACGCACAAACCGUCUCUCAUUCGGACUGGUGCCGGUUUCUCCUCUGUACAGACGAUACAGGGAUAAACAAAACGCACAGCACUGAGAACAUGCAUGGAGAGAGAGAGAGAGAGAGAGAGAGAGAGAGAGAGAUAGAGAGAGAGUGUAGUACACUUUGGACGGACUGAACCAAACUGAGUGUCGAGUGUAGCGUGUGUAAUUUUCAUGCGAGAGAAUACAAGGGAAAUUGCUCACAGUGGAACGAAAUAUAAAAACAUUUGCCAUCGUUCAAACCGUUUCAGUUGAUUUGGAUGAGCUGAAGUGUUCACAUCGCACACACAGCUUUCGUAACGUUCGAUACUAACUACGACGAAAGUACUCGCGUUCGCUCCAACUAUUAUAUCCCAGCAAAGUGAUAAGAGUCCACAGAGACAGAGACAACGACGAGCGAAAGAGAGCAAAGUGAUAACGACGUCGUAUCUUUUGCCAGUAAAAUAAAAACCGAACGCCGACAAUUCUGCAAGUAAAAUAAAUUCUGAGCAUCGUUUGAAUUGUAAAUAAAGGAAAAUGUGUUUACGAUCAAAAUAGCUACGAUAUUAGUCAGAUGCGAAGCGCACGACUGUGUCUCGCGGCAUGUAUCUCUGUGUGAGAUAGAUGCAAGUUUUAUUCAUUUCAAUUGGCUGAUUCAUGUGCGCGACAAAAGUAGCAUAUUAAAAAACCAAAGACUAUAAUUCAAUUUCUUUCGCAACACAAUUUUUUUCCCUCUUUCAUUGCUGCGUACCGUUUGCCAAAGUGAAUUUCUCAGCACAUGCAUAAAUUAAUACCUAAUAACGCGUUGAGAACGUCAAUAGCACCGACCAAACAACUGACUCAGAAAAAGCAAACAGAGAGAAAAGAGCCACGAUGAAAAAUGAACGCGUGCACUCCAAUAAUGAUAGAGUUGCAUGGCGCGUAUAAAUCACGGCCCAAUAGAAAAUGAACAAUUGUAAAAUGAUAGUGCGACGAUGAAAAUGUUCAAGUGAGGGAAAAAAAAAAUCGACCAGGACAGUGAAACGAACUAUUGCACACAGCACGUGCGGCGAAAUUUAAUUCACUCAAGAAAUUAAAUGCUUGUAACUGCAGAAGGAAAAAACUGAGAGAGGAAGAGAACGAGAAAACACCACCGAGAGAAAAACAAACACCAUUGAGAAAAAAAUAAGCGACUCUACAAGUUUAUCCUGAUUUGAUGUGUUUCAUUUUUCUGUUUCGCUUAUAGAAUUUUCUCUGUGUACGUGCAGUAGAAAAAGAGAGAGAGAGAGAGAGAGAGAGUGAUGUGUUUGUCCGAAUGCCCGAGAAAAUAAAUAUUGAGCGGAAAAUGCUUUUUCUCAGAACAUCAAACUUAAAUAUACAGCAGACAUUGUAAACGGCGACGGCUGCAAAAGCAACACAACGAGAUUUCAUUUUCACAAACAGCUUUGACCACUUUGAAACGUAUUCAAUUUUACAUAAAUACUGAUUUACAUUUACAGUAGCAACGAAUGAAAAAAUAAGAGCGAAGAAGCUGGUGAAUGUCAUUUUACUAGUGCUACACACACUAUUUACACACUCUCCAACCAAGCAGCUUAUUAUUGUGCUCGACGAUUUAAAGUAGAAAAGAGAGAGAGACUGAAGAGAAAAUAAACACUACCCAUUUUGUCAACAUAUUCGGUGCACAUGGAUGCAUAAGGACGAGCUUGUAUGAAAUUUUGUUGUUAUUGUUGUUGUCGUGGCGCUUGUCACAAAAAUUUCAAUUACAUGCGAAUUCCAUUUUCACUCUGCAAGAGUUAAUCGAAAUAGUGCAUGCAAAGCGAUCAUUUCCAUUUGAUAUUGUACCAAGUGAAGCGGAAAAAUUAAUUCUGCUGUUGCUCGUGCAGUAUUCAAAGGAUAGAAAGAAAAAAUACAGAGGAAAAAAACAGUUUCAAUAAUAAACAAUGUGCAAUGCAAUUCACACAACACACAGAGAAUGUCGUGUCUGUGAAAUAUUACGAAUGCCAAGAACAUUCCGACGCACUUGAAUUUACCGCCAAGAAAAAAGCAACAACAAACUAUACAUUGCUUUAAAUUGUGUGUUACUAAAACAACACUUGAACAUUCAUUUGAUGCACACACACACACACACACACACAUACACUGAAUCGGCAGCUAAAAUCCAACUGUACAAACCAAACCACUGACACUUUAAACGUAAAUUCGUGGCAUCUAAUUUGCAAUUCGAAUAUUUCACAAAGAUAUUGUGAAUGGCAAAACGUACAACUUAUAAACAAUUGCAAUUUUCGAAAUCAAAGUGGUGCUUCAGAGACUUCACAACUGAUUCAUCGGGAAAAUUAACAGGCACACAUGCUUAGACAUCGUAUUGAUGUGAUUUGCCAGCAAUAUAAAAUAUUCGUGCACUGCCAACAAAUAAUCAAAUAUCGCACGGACGUCUUCUUCAUCUGUACAACGCCCAAUCCUGCAUCCACGCGUCAAACUUAUAGGUCUCAUCUGAUAUCACCCGCGCGCACACACAAACUCAUCCAUCUAUUGCAGCAAAGUGUUACAUUCAUCAGCAGAUGAGAGCACACACGUGGAAGUGAAACAACCGACACCGUAUUUCAGAUGAAGCUUUUGCAAUCAAAUAGAAAGUAGCGAAAACGAGUUGCAAAGAAAUCGAAAAUAAAUGGAAGUCAUCUAUUUCGGUGUGGCUUGAGCAACUUUACAGCAAUCAAGAGAAAUAACAGAUGAAGAAAAAAAAUGGAUGAAAAACUCGACAACGAAACAUAUGCAAUUUUUAGGUUUGACAUAAUUCAACGGCGAAUAUAAAAAUACCAAAGACGAAACGAAAAGAGAAAGCUUUUUGUUAACUAUGCAAUCAGAGCAAAUUACACUGCAUUGUUGACUAGUGAGAAAAUAAAGGACAUUCACACGAACUCACACAAACACGGAUUAUAAUUCUGUGACAACAAAAAAACCACGCCAAAACAGAAUAUUUGAUCAAAAGGUUACUUUUUUGGAACAUACAAAAUUGUCAAUCCAUCUCCAGAAGAGGAAGAUUCACGCGGGGCAGUAGUUUAUUAACGUAGCGAAUUUACAUGUUUUUGAAUGGAUAAUGGGAAAACUCGUGGAAACACAUGUAUUUACAGCAAAUAACGCCACUGUUGAUGCAACACCAGACACUUGGAUCGACCAUGAUCUGUCGUCGACGCUGUCGUGGUCGUUGCCACCCGACGAUGAACUUUUCAAGAACUACCCGGCCGGGCUGCUAUAUUUUGCAACAGCUGCAUGCAUUGUCUUCAUUCUGCUCGGAAUACCGGGAAAUUUAAUUACAAUUAUUGCUUUGGCUAGGUGUAAAAAGGUUCGCAAUGCAACUGCUGUGUUCAUCAUAAAUCUCUCGUUAUCAGAUUUACUGUUCUGCUGCUUUAAUUUGCCACUGGCAGCCAGCACAUUUUGGAAUCGAGCUUGGACGCACGGCGCACUAUUAUGCCGCAUUUAUCCACUUUUUCGAUAUGGUUUAUUAGCCGUUUCAUUAUUUACAGUAUUGGCAAUUACUAUUAACCGAUAUGUGAUGAUUGGCCAUCCGCGCAUUUAUCCAAGAAUUUAUCGUCGAAAGUAUUUAGGUGUAAUGGUAGCUACAACGUGGUUGGGAGCAUUUUGUUCAUUGAUUCCAACAUGGCAAGGAAAAUGGGGCCGAUUCGGUUUGGAUCGUCCAAUCGGUUCAUGCUCAAUUUUACCCGAUAAAGACAACACUUCACCAAAAGAAUUUCUAUUCAUAAUGGCAUUCGUGGUGCCAUGUAUAUCGAUUGUCGUUUGUUAUGCACGCAUAUUCUAUAUUGUGCGAAAAACGGCGUUGCGCUCACAUCACAGCGAUACCGGAAGUGCGUUGGGCAAUUCGAUGCAUCAGUCAUCAGGACGGGCACAAAACAAUAAUCAAUGUAAAAAAUUGUAUGCGACGAACAAUAACAAGAAUGUGAGUGAUGGUACGGACGUUCAAUUGUUGCCAAAAUCAGAUGAUAUGAGUGGUGAUAGUGGUGGUGGUGUCGGUCGUAUUGAACGCGUCAGUGAAUCAACUGUGAACAACGAACGAAAUGAGAAAAAGCAUUUUAGCGGAAAGAAUUUACUGGAUAGUGACAAUUCAUCGGCAUUGUUGUCACACAGUCAGAGCCAUGGUGAUAUAAAAAGCGCUAUGAAAUUCAUCGAUUCAACCAUUGAUGGUGAGACCUUGUCGGCUUUGCGAAAGAGUCAAGGGAAUGACGAGCAUAAUUUAACGGCCAACGAUCGAAAUCUGAGUAAUGUCAGCAUUAGUCGCACGGUGGAAUUCAUUGAAGCGAAUGGCGAACGCCAUAAUUCCUGUGAUCGAGACUACAUUGUGAAAUUGGCACAAGAGAAUGGUGAUUCGGCCAUCGAAGAAAGCAUCAGCUCAACGGAGAACAAUCAAGUUUAUCACAUCAAAAGCAACAACAAUUGCCUGCAAAUUCUUUCUGUUCAGGUGGAACCAUCCUCUAGUUCGGGCAUCGAUCUACACAUGGACAAUGACAGCCCGCCAAGGCGCAUGAAACGCUCAUACACCAGCUCGAUUCGUAGAUCAAAGCGAGGUCAACGAAGUGAGAAAUGUAAUCUGUCCGGUAGCAGCUGCACCAUUGGCAGCGUAACAUCACGUAAGGCAUCAGGCACAACCAACACAUCGGGCGCUUCAAUUUUAUAUCCCGGCCGAAUGACAACCAAAGAUCGACGCUUACUCAAAAUGAUAUUGGUGAUUUUUGUGUCAUUUGUAACGUGCUAUUUACCUAUAACAUCGACCAAAAUCAUUCGAACCUUGCACAAUAUACCCGUGUUCCAUAUCAUGGGAUACAUUUUAAUUUAUUUAACAACCUGUAUCAAUCCAAUCAUCUAUGUGGUUAUGUCAUCCGAGUAUCGCCAAGCCUAUUGGAAUUUGCUCAUGUGCAGAAUGAACAAGCGAACCAAACGCUCGAAGAACUACCACAGCAAUCGCAACCACUUUCAAAAGAACAGCCAAAUUAAAGUAACACCAAAUAAGACGUGAUUGCUCUGAAUCCAAGCACACACACAUACACACACGUCUGACACAUAAUCACAUCUAAUAAUAAUUAAUUACUAAUUAAGUUAUAAUUGUUUAUUGUAAGAGACUUGAUUUUAGCCAUAAACUAUGAUUUAAGCAGAUUUUUUAUUAUUAUUUUUUUUUUAGAAUGAUGAAAAGAGGGAAAAAAGAAAAGAAAAACCAAACGCUUUUUUUUGGAAGUUUACUCAUUUUAUACUCAUUUUUGUUGGACAAAAUUUUGUUACAUUUUUGGAAAGAAAGAAGAAAAAAGAACAAACAAGUUGACAUUCGGAGCAUAAUAAUUUAUUUUUCAAACAUUCAACCGUAAAUUGUAAUUGUUAAUUUAAGAGACUCAAUGUUCAAUAUUUUUAUGUUACAACUCAAGGAUGUCGGCUCAGCGCAUCUGCUGAACCGAAUGAAUGAUUUCAGAAAUGAAUGAAAUAAAAAAACCAAAGAAAAAAUUCCAAAUAAAUGAUUGUGAAAUUAAUAAAUGUAAUACUUUUCGGCAACCAAA